UGACGCUUAAAACAGCUUCCCUGAGGCGUGUCUAUGAAUUUUCCACUAUUUUUGGGAAGUUAGUUUUCACCCUCGCGUUACGUGGCAAUGGUUUCUUUUCAAGUAUGAGCUUUGCCGUCUCUUUGCCGGUGCUAGCCCUCUAUUAGGUGACGCAGGUAUUAGUUUACAGGUGUGGUAACCAAUCCGCCUCAAAUGCUGUAUAUCUAGCUAAGGAGGCUUUGGUAACCAGUUCCCCUUUCACUGCUGGCUAAGCUGACAGAAUGUUAAAGAUGUCAGCCUGAAUGCUAUUGCUGUAAACAUCUGUCUCUGCUGCUGGGGAUUUCGAGAUGCUGCGAAUUAUAGUAGAAUCCGCCAGUAAUCUUCCUGACUCAAAAUUUGGAACUCCCGACCCAAUAGCGUCGGUCACUUUCAAAGGUGAGAAGAAAAAAACCAAGUCAAUUGACAAUGAAUUGAACCCUGUGUGGAAUGAGAAAAUAGAAUUUGACUUGAAGGGACAGACUCUAAAUGCUUCUUCAUCAAUUCUUGUUGUGGUUAAGGACUAUGAGACAAUCGGAAAAGACAAGUUUAUUGGUUCUGCAACGAUUUCCUUGAAAGACCUUGCAAGUGGCCAAAAGACAUUACCUUUCAAAAAUGUUGCAUUGCUCACUGAAAAGAAGCAGCCAACUGGGGGGACAAUAAAUCUCAUGGCAACUUAUGAACCACCUGCUGGAGCUGUGCCACCUGACCCAUCCAACCUUGGAAGCUCUGGUGAUCAGGAUGCUGAAGGGAAUGAAGAUGAGGAUGCGGAAGAUGAAGCAGGUGAUGGUGGAGGAACCCCUGGAGCUCCCAGCACGCCACGCCAGGCAGCAGCCCAUGUUAGCAAACGACUCCGAAAGAAGAAAAGCAAGAGAUUACUUUCAAACAAGCCUCAGGAUUUCCAGAUUCGGGUGAGGAUAAUUUCAGCUCGUCAGCUGCCUGGUAAUAACAUAAAGCCAGUUGUGAAAGUGACUGUCUGCAACCAAACCCAUCGAACGAGAAUCCGAAGAGGAAACAAUCCCUAUUUCGAUGAGAUUUUCUUCUACAAUGUAACUCAAUCACCAGAAGAACUCUUUGAUUCAUCGAUCUUAAUUAGGGUCUACAACUCUUUUUCACUGCGAUCAGAUUCCUUAAUGGGAGAAUUCAAGUUGGACAUUGGCUAUGUAUAUGAUGAACCUGGACAUGCUAUUCUAAGGAAAUGGCUUUUGCUUCAUGAUCCUGAAGACCCAAGUACAGGAUCCAAGGGAUACAUGAAAGUCAGUUUAUUUGUCUUGGCGACAGGCGAUGAACCUCCGGUUGAAAAGAAAGGAGUAAAUGAAGAGAAUGACGAUGUUGAAAGCAACCUGCUUCUCCCUGCAGGUCUCUCACUGCGGUGGGUGACUUUCCUUCUGAAGGUCUACAGAGCAGAAGACAUUCCACAGAUGGAUGAUGCCUUUGCUGAAACUAUGAAGUCAAUAUUUGGAGCCGGGUCUGAUAAGAAAAAUCUUGUGGACCCAUACGUGGAAGUUGGCUUUGCUGGGAAAAAGCUCUGUACAAAGAUUAUAGAGAAAAAUGCCAACCCUGAAUGGAAUCAAGCAAUCAACCUUCAAGUCAAGUUUCCAUCUAUGUGCGAAAGACUAAGUUUGACUCUGUUUGAUUGGGAUCGGAUGACCAGGAAUGAUGCUAUUGGAACAGCAUUUUUGUACCUCUCCAGGAUAGCAUCAUCUGGAGGAGAAGUUGAAGACCCCCCAAGAAGCUCACAUACUGUGAAGAGCAAGCCAGGUGACACGGGAGAUGAGGAAGUAGGAUUUCUUCCAGCUUUUGGGCCAUGUUAUGUAAACUUUUAUGGGAGCCCCAGGGAAUACACUGGCUUUGCUGAUCCUUACGAGGAUUUAAACUAUGGAAAGGGUGAGGGAGUUGCAUAUCGUGGUAGAAUAUUAGUUGAACUAAUCACCAAACUUGAAGGUAAUCCAGAGAAGAAGUUGGAGGACAUUCCCAGUGAUGAUGUCUUGGUGGUUCAGAAAUACCAACGCCGGCGUAAAUAUAGCCUUGCUGCUGUCUUUUAUGCUGGAACAAUGCUUCGCGAUGUUGGAGAUGCCGUCCAGUUUGAAGUUAGCAUUGGAAAUUACGGCAACAAAUUUGACAAAACAUGUAGGCCUUUAGCUUCAACUACUCAGUACAGUCGAGCAGUUUUUGAUGGUAACUAUUAUUAUUUUCUACCUUGGGCCAACACGAAACCUGUGGUGACACUGACCUCCUAUUGGGAAGAUAUUAGUCAUAGGUUGGACGCCUUGAAUAUCAUCAUAAAAAUUGUCAGCAGAAUGGAAAAGAAUUUGACAGUGCUGAAGACUGCUAUUCAGGCUAAAGUUGGUGAAGAACGCCUGGCUGAGCUGUGGUUGAAAGUUAUUGAACAAAUCAUUGAGGACUGCAGCCAACCCCUACCAAAGUUAGAAGGCAAAUCCAAUGUGACUCAGCUUGAUCUGAAGAUCCUAAAGCUCCGUAAAAGCACUCUGGAAGGUAUACUUGACUCGGCAAAACGCACACGAAUGGAGGCAGAGGACCCAAAGGAAUCAAUUGAUGAUAUUGAAGACUGGCUGGAGAGACUGAAAUCAUUGGCUGAAGAGCCACAGAACAGCAUGCCAGAUGUGAUUGUCUGGAUGAUCUGUGAUGAGAAACGAGUUGCAUAUGCACGAAUCCCAGCUCACGAGGUGCUUUACUCAACAACCAGUGAAGAAGCCUGUGGCCAAUACUCUGGAAAGACACAAACCAUAUUCUUGAAGUAUCUGGAAGGCGGCAACAAAAGUUUCAAAAUUCCAAUUCAGCUACGUGUCCGAUUUUGGCUUGGCCUCUCUACUGUUGAGAGCAAGUUCAACAGUUUUUCUGAAGGAACGUUCAGUGUAUUUUCUGAAUUGUAUGAAAACCAAGCACAAUUACUGGGCAAAUGGGGUACCAGUGGGCUUGUUGGUCGCCAGAAGUUUUCUGAUGUAACAGGGAAAAUAAAACUGAAGAAAGAAAGCUUCAUGCCCCCAAGAGGUUGGGAAUGGGAAGGCAACUGGAUUGUUGAUCCUGAAAAAAGUUUGCUAACAGAAGCUGAUGCUGGUCACACAGAAUUUAUUGAUGAAGUUUAUGAAAAUAACUCCCGCUACCCUGGAGCUGAGUGGAAAGUUGCAGAGGAGCCUUACACUGAUCUGAAUGGUGAAAAGAGUUCCUCAAAAGAGGAGAUUGAGUGUCCACCAGGCUGGAAUUGGUUGGAUGAUUGGGAAUAUGAUGUCAAUCGAGCUGUGGAUGAACACGGCUGGGAGUAUGGAAUAACGGUACCCCCGGAUGACAAACCCAAAUCUUGGGUCUCGACAGAGAAAAUGUACCACACCCAUAGGCGCAGGCGCUGGGUGAGAAGGCGCAAGAAAGACGAUCAGCAAACAGUCCAACCCGUAAAGAGUCAAACACCUGGCCAGGAUUUGGAAGGAUGGGAAUACGCUUCUCUGAUUGGUUGGAACUUUCACCUAAAGCAGCGGAAAUCAGAUACUUACCGACGCAGAAGAUGGAGAAGAAAAAUGGCCCCAUCUGAACGACUUGGAGCUGCUGCAGUCUUCAAACUCGAAGGUGCCCUUGCUCUGACUUCGGGUGAGGAUGGUGACAAAUCGCCAACUGCAGACUCUAUUUUUGGGGCAAGUGCUCCGACGAUCUCCUGUGUGUUUGACCGCCCUGCAAUCUAUCACCUCCGUUGCUACAUUUAUCAAGCAAGAGCCAUAAUUUCCAUGGACAAAGAUAGUUUUUCAGAUCCAUAUGCUCAUGUUUCAUUUCUCCAUCAAAGCAAGACAACUGAAGUUAUUAAAUCCACACUGAACCCAACCUGGGACCAGACCCUGAUCUUCAAUGACAUUGAUAUCUACGGCAGUCCUGAAACAUUAAUUAAAAACCCACCAAAUGUGGUGAUUGAAAUAUAUGAUGAAGAUCAAGUUGGGAAAGAUGAAUUUUUAGGCAGAUGUACCUGUCCUCCAAUGGUGAAGCUAAAUCCAGAAACAGACAUGGUUCCCAAGCUCCUCUGGUAUCCAAUAAAGAAUGGGAAAAAGAAAUCUGGAGAGCUCCUUGUUGCUGCUGAGCUAAUAAUGAAAGACAAACCUGAUGGUUCUAAUUUACCAAUUCUUCCACCAGUCCGGUCUGGUGUACUAUACAUGGUGCCACAUGGGAUUAGACCAGUUGUGCAGCUUACUGCAAUUGAAAUACUAACGUGGGGCUUGCGGAACAUGAAGAGCUACCAACUGGCUGCUGUUACAUCCCCAAGUCUCAUUGUAGAAUGUGGUGGCGAGUAUUUGGAGUCAGCAGUGAUCAAGAGUCUUAAGAAGUGUCCUAAUUUCCCCACUUCUGUUCUCUUUAUGAAAGUGCUGCUUCCAAAAGAAGAAAUGUACACCCCUCCUAUUGUCAUAAAGGUGAUUGACCACAGACCCUUUGGGCGUAAGCCAGUGGUUGGGCAGUGCACAGUUCAUUCUCUGCAAGAAUAUCGGAUUGAUCCAUAUGCUGCAAGACAGGCUGUCGGAAUGCAAUCAAAAGCAUCUCUGCUUUCAAAUGCUCGUGACUGUGUCGUUGACAUAGAAGACAAUCAAAAACCUCUCCUUGAAUCACAGAUCGUGUCCACUGAUUCUGAAGGACUGGCUGCUUUUCGAUCUUCCCAGGCUGCAAAGGAGGAAGAGGCAAUUGAUUGGUGGAGCAAGUUUUAUGCAUCUAUAGGAGAGCAUGAACGAUGUGGCACCUAUAUUCAGAAAGGUUAUGAUACAUUGAAGGUGUACACCACAGAACUGGAGAAUGUCCCAGAAUUCAAAGGCCUGACUGAUUUCUGCCACACCUUUAAACUAUACAGAGGUAAAUCCGAAGAGGAUGAAGACCCAUCAGUUGUGGGUGAAUUUAAGGGUUCCUUCAAGAUUUACCCACUGAGUGAUGAUCCAAAUGUUCAAACGCCUCCACGUCAGUUUGCAGAACUGCCAGAUAGUGGAGCUCAGGAAUGUUUGGUGCGAAUUUAUGUUGUUCGAGCCAUUGACUUACAACCAAAAGAUAAUAAUGGCAAGUGUGAUCCAUAUGUGAAGAUCACCUUGGGUAAAAAAUCAAUAGAAGACAGAGACAACUACAUUCCCAAGACCCUGAACCCAGUCUUUGGCAGGAUGUUUGAAAUUACUUGCAACUUGCCUACAGAGAAAGAUCUCAAAGUAGCACUUUAUGAUUUUGAUUUGUUGACUCGUGAUGAAAAGGUGGGAGAGACUGUUAUUGACCUGGAAAACCGACUCCUAUCGCGCUUUGGAGCUUAUUCUGGAUUGCCUCAAUCAUACUGUGUUUCUGGUAUAAAUAUGUGGCGUGAUCAACUCAAACCAACCCAGUUGUUACAGAAUUUAGCCAAAAUGAAAGGCCUUUCUCAGCCAAUCAUCUCUAGCAACAGUCUCUCCUACAAUGGUCAGGAAUAUUUACUCAAUGACAUUGAACGUAACAAGACUUUAAAUAUCCAUCUUGGACCUCCAGAGGAACGGCUUGCACUUCAUGUUUUGAGACAGCAAGGACUUGUACCCGAGCACACAGAAAUUAGGUCGUUGUACAGCACCUACCAACCCAACCUUACACAGGGAAAGCUUCAGAUGUGGGUUGAUAUCUAUCCAAUGAGUCUAGGUCCCCCUGGACCACCAUUCGACAUCAAUCCCCGAAAACCCAAAAAAUAUUUCCUCCGCUGUGUAAUCUGGAAUACCAGUGAUGUUAUUCUGGAUGAAACGAGCAUUACUGGAGAAGAGAUGAGUGAUAUCUAUGUGAAGGGCUGGAUGGUAGGACUUGAAGAUGAGAAGCAGAAGACUGACGUACAUUACAGGUCACUCGGAGGUGAAGGGAAUUUCAAUUGGAGACUGGUAUUCCCAUUUGACUACCUCCCAGCUGAGCAGCUCUGUGUUGUAUCCAAGAAGGAAAAUUUCUGGAGCCUUGACAAAACAGAAUUCAGGAUGCCUCCCAAAUUAAUCAUUCAAAUCUGGGACAAUGAUAAAUUUUCCAUGGAUGACUAUUUGGGUGUCCUUGAGCUAGACCUAAAUUCAACAAUAUGUCCAACCAAAACCUCUUCGGGAUGCAGUUUGAAAAUGCUACCAGAUGAAAAGGGAGGAAAAGCACCGAACAUGACCUCCCUUUUUGCUCAAAAAUCAAUGAAUGGAUGGUGGCCGUGUGUCCAAGAGAAAGACGGCAAGCGCGUUUUGGCUGUAAGGACCUUCAAACAUUUUCAAACCUAUCUCCAGUUCUUCCUUGAAAUUGUGGGCCUUUCAUUUGUUUGA